CUCUAUAUAAGUCUUGCCAUGCACCACAAAGAUAUGCAUGCUGUUUACAAGCUGUGCCGAAGCUGAAGUUUUGAGAUUUCAAAGAUCUGAAAUUGUCAUGAAGAAUCUAUUGUCAAUUGUGACAUGUGUCUGGAUUGUCUCUGUUGCUGGGCAUGAAUUCUUCUCAUCAAUGGAUCAAAUCAUGCAGCUUGUGGAGGAGGAGAAAAAGCUUCUGGAGCACUUUAGUGACUUUAUGGAUGCUGAGGAGGAGAAUUUUAAUAUACUUAAGGGCAAUCUCCAAAAUUCAAAACUGCUCUCAAAUUCCACAAACCCUGAGGAAAUUAUGAAUGACCCUGUAGCAGCUUACAAACUCAUCAGACGACUGAGAAAUCAAUGGUUGUUUAUGGAAGAAUACACUCAAAGACAUCUUAAUGAGGACUUCCAAGAACUGCUGCACUCAGAUUCUCUGAAGAUCCCAACAGAGAAGGAUUUAGAUGGUGCUGCUUUGGGUCUGAUUAGACUGCAAGAGAUCUACAAACUCUACCCAGGAACCAUCACAUACAAAACGCCUCUUAGUGGGAAUGAAGCUUUUGAUGUGGGGUAUGUCGCUUAUAAGCAUGAGAAAUUCCAGUUUGCCUUUCACUGGUUUCGGUACAGUCUGAACAUGUUAGGUCAUCCAGACCUCUUAUAUUACCUAGGCUCAUCAGCAUAUAAAUUUGGAGACCGGCUUGUGGCAAUUAAAUUCUACCUUCAGUUUCUUGAUCAUGACCCAACUAAUGAGUAUGUUAAAAAUGAGCUGGAAGAGAUAUACAGUAGCCUUUUUCUUGAAAAAUCUUCAGACCCUGAUAUAUACAUACUAAAUACAGAGUCAACUGAAUAUGAGGCAUUGUGCAGGGGAGAGGUUGACCGGAGGGCAAGUCCAAAUGUUCAAUGUUUUAAAAUUCAGACCUAUAGAAGACAAAGGAUGCUGUCCUGUAGGUACAGCACAGGUGGAGGAAACCCCAGGCUGAUUUUGGCACCACUGAAAGAAGAGAUUGAGUGGGAUGAACCCCGAAUCAUCAGAUAUUAUGACGUAAUAUCAGACAAAGAGAUUGAGAUCUUGAAAAAUAUCUCUAGACCUCAGCUGUCUAGGUCUAAAGUAUACAUAGCACAGGACGAAGAAGGUGCAGUAAACAAUGGUCGUGUUUCUCAAAGUGUUUUUCUAGAAGAAGAUGACAAUGUAACUGUUCGUAUCAAUCAGAGGAUUGCAGACGUUACAGGACUCUCUAUGGAAACAUCUGAAACUCUUGUUCAAAAUUAUGGUAUUGGUGGCAGAUAUGAACCACAUCAUGACUUCUUGGAUAUAGAGAAUGACAGGAUUGCUACAUUCUUAAUUUAUAUGAGUGAUGUGGAGAUAGGGGGCGCCACUGUUUUCCCUGAUGUUGGAGUUGCAGUGCAGCCAAUAAAGAGAUCAGCUGUGUUUUGGUACAACCUCCAUAAGAACGGUACAGCCGACUUGAAAACAUUGCAUGGUGGAUGCCCUAUCUUUGUGGGAAAUAAAUGGGUGGCUAACAAAUGGAUCCAUGAGUUUGGCCAGGAGUUUACAAGACCAUGUUCUUUGUCAGAGGGGAAGUAAAAAGCAUUAUAGAAACCACAAUGGUUACGGAAACUGUAUUAUAAACACUGUAUACAGGAUCUGUGUGUAUAUAUUGUUUUAUAAAUCUAUACAAUUUUAUUAAUUUAUAAUCAUAAUAAACUCUAUAUUUCUUUAUUCAGUAAAAUAAAGUAAAAUGUCAAUUGAAGAUUUUUAAUUUAAAAUUUAUUAAAUAUAUUAAUUUAUUAUAUUAUCUACACUUUAAAAAAAAGUUUUUUUUUAUUUGUAAAUAAAGUAAGAUUAUCUAAGUCAACUCUUUCUACUUCAAAAUGUCAUUUUGCAUUUUUUUUGUUUGUUUUUUUUAGGCCUAUUUGGCCUCAAAUACAUUUUUAAAUUUUAAUGGAAUUGCUCAAGUAAUAUUAACUUUGUGUUUUGUCAUCGAAAUCAAUUGGUGGAAAAAAUUACAAAUGCAAGUAAAUGAUACUUACUAACCCAGAUAAUAGAUGCGCUCUCAAAACGCUCUGCCAACAUAAAAUAUGUUUUUUAACGUUUCUGGGUUGUUUGAGCAUUAGAGGAAUGUUACAUUCUACCAUUUUCAAACGUUAUGGCAAUGUCACAAUGUUCACACAAUGUUUAAAACGACUGUUUUCUAUAUUUACUUUUUUGCCAAUUAUGUAAAUAAUAGAGAAACAUUGCAUUUUAUUAUUUUAAAACUGUUAUAAAAUAUUAUUUCAGAAUGUUCAGUAAAAAUAUUGAUGUAGAAAACACAAUUCACUUAUUAAAUUUAAAUGUUGAUGUUUUGUUUCAUUUAAAGGCACCAUUAUGGUGAUUGGUGUUUGUUUAAGUUAGACUCUUGACCCUUGAGGUUUUAUUUGCUUGUUUUUUUCCUGGUUGUAUUGACUUGUGUGUAUAAAGCACAUUUAAUGUAAAGUUAAUAUUGCAAUUCUGUGGUGGUUGGUACAUAAUAGUAAAGAUCAUCAUUUAAUUAAUUGAUUUACUCGGUUUGUCAUUAAGAAUUUUUAGGAACUAUGGAAAAAAUAACUUGUGUGCAUUUGGGACGCACAAACAUCAAGAAUCAGAGUAUGAAUCUUAACAAUGGUGACAAAUUUCAUGCUGCAAUGCAUGCUGGGUAUUAACAAAUUACUUCUCAUCCAGGACUCCCAGCAUGCACUGCGGCAUAGAUAAAUAGUUUUCUUUGUCACACUUGUUGAGAUUCAUACUCUGAUUCCUGAUGUUUGCAUCCCAGAUACAUCACUUAAAAAUCCCAUGUAAACACUACUUAGAUAAUUCUAGUAAAAGCUGCUAAAAAUUGUUUUUAGCCUUUAUUUAACAAUUCUUUUAAAUUUAAUAGCUGUUUCUGAGUGGGAAUUGUAAUCUCAUCUUGCUUUUCACUCCUUCUUAUGUAUUAAUCUAGCAAAUACUAAAACAGACUCUUAAACAUAUUCGUA